AUGUCAUCCCAAUACACACCAGAGACCUUCAAGGUCCUCCUCAAAAAGCUCGUCCAGACGCCUGACGACUUUACUCCGGAAGAUUGCGCUCAGUGCUUCCGACAUCUCUGUGUUCAAGGUGCCAGCGAAGCGCAGGCUGGUGCUUUCCUCACUGCUCUGACUCUGUCCGGUCUCGAGUCCUCUCCCGACAUCGUAGCUGCUUGCGCAAGCGUUCUCCGUGAACAUGCAGUAUCAGUGAGAAAUCUGAUACCAGAGGGUGAUGGGUAUGCCGGACUAGUAGACAUAGUAGGAACAGGCGGAGAUGGCUGGGACACAUAUAACGUAUCUACCACAGCUGCUGUGGUGGUCGCAGGUGCCGGUGUGAGAGUAGCGAAGCACGGCUCAAAAGCAGCUACUUCGACCUCUGGUUCAGCCGACUUACUUCUUUCGCUUGACUGUCGAUUGGCCUUCCCAGUGUCGGAAGUUCAUACUUUCCUCGAACACUCACCAUUCCUCUUCCUCUUCGCUCCUCACUAUCAUCCCUCAUUAGCUCACAUCGCUCCUAUCCGACGUAAUCUUAACUUCCGAACGAUAUUCAAUGUCCUUGGACCUUUGAUUAAUCCGGCAAGACCUCAGAGAAUGCUACUUGGUGUAGCUAAGCAGGAAUUAGGUGAUACCUUUGCCGAGGUAUUGAGGUUGCUGAAUGUCGAAAGGGCUUUGGUGGUUUGUGGAAAGGAGGGAUUAGAUGAAAUUAGUCCGGCUGGCGAGACUUGGACCUGGUGGUUGGAGAAUGGCCAAAUUACCAAAGGGUCAAUUCACCCUACUGAAGACUUCGGACUACCCCUUCAUUCCCUUUCUUCCGUCAGAGGAUCGACACCCGACCUCAACGCUUUAACCUUCCAAUCUAUCAUGUCCAAUUCCCCUGCUCCACCUCAUCUCUCCUCUCCUGCCAGUGCAGACUCGCCAUCGCUAGAUACCAUACGCGACUACGUGUUACUCAACGCUGCUGCUUUGCUGCACGUAUCGGGCAAAGCGAGAUCAUGGAAAGAAGGUGUAGAUAUUGCUCGAGAAGCGAUAGAGUCCGGUGGAGCGUUGGCUGCGUUCGAAGGAUUUAGAGAUGCCAGUAAGAAAGCUAUGGGCGAGCACGUCAAUGAGAUGGCUGUGGAGGAUGAUGGUGGUAUAGCAGCGAAGAAUGGGUUCGUUAAAGCUUGGUUGAAAGAGAGGGGUAGAAAGAGGGCGGAUUCGACGAAACAGGAUUAA